CAACUGCUCAUGACCGUUGACAUUUUUGUCCGAAGAAGAGAAAAUAAAAACUUUCCCUCUUUAUUUUCCUGGAAACAAGAAAAAAAAGUAAACUUUUCCCAGUUUUAGAUCUCUCCGAGUAUGUCUCGCGGCAGAUUGGUGUUGCUCUUCGUUGCUCUCUUCCUCGUCCAGCUUCAGUCAUCAACUUCUCUGAUUAGUUCUCCAAGUUCCAUCAUCAACCCUUCUAAAGUCAAACAGGUUUCUUCAAAACCCAGGGCAUUUGUGUAUGAAGGUUUUCUAACGGACUUGGAAUGUGAUCAUCUGAUCUCACUUGCGAAAGAGAACCUGCAGAGAUCUGCAGUUGCUGAUAAUGAUAACGGAGAGAGUCAAGUUAGUGAGGUUCGGACCAGCUCCGGCACAUUUAUCUCCAAAGGAAAGGAUCCUAUUGUCUCUGGAAUAGAGGACAAGCUCUCUACAUGGACAUUCCUCCCAAAAGAAAAUGGAGAAGACCUUCAGGUGUUGAGAUAUCAGCACGGUCAAAAAUACGACGCUCACUUUGACUACUUCCACGACAAAGUCAACAUCGCCCGUGGUGGACACCGCAUAGCAACGGUUCUCAUGUAUCUAUCCAACGUCACAAAGGGUGGAGAAACUGUCUUCCCUAAUGCAGUGGAAUCUUCUCGCCGCAAGCUUUCUGUAAACAAAGAUGAUCUUUCUGAUUGUGCAAAGAAAGGAAUCGCUGUGAAACCGAGGAAAGGAGAUGCACUGUUGUUCUUCAACCUCCACGAAGACGCAACUCCAGAUACAUUGAGCCUUCACGGAGGUUGUCCUGUGAUUGAAGGAGAGAAAUGGUCAGCAACUAAGUGGAUCCACGUGGACUCGUUCGAUAAGAUUGUGACGCAUGAUGGUAACUGUACGGAUGUAAAUGAGAGCUGUGAGAGGUGGGCGGUGCUUGGAGAAUGCGCAAAAAACCCAGAGUAUAUGGUGGGAACUCCAGAGCUCCCUGGAAACUGCAGACGUAGCUGUAAAGCUUGUUAAUUAAAGAGUUUAAAUGCAUAUUCUCUUUGUACCAUUAAGUACUUCUUAUAUUGAUCUGAGCUUCAUUUUCAUUAAAAAAAAUUUCUUAUCAA